UAACAGCACAACACAGACCUUUAGACCUUUAGCCAGCCAUUUUUAUUAAAAUAUAUUAGAAAUCAGCAGCUUUGUGGUCUGAUAUGGUCAUGAAAGAACACUUCCUGUUUUCAGUUUCUUUUACUAAAUGUUAACGGAAACUGCAAAAUAUCUGCAUGAAAUUGAGGUGUGAUUUUAUGUGUUAAAUUUCUUAUUUAUUUUAUUCUAAAUUUAAACGAACUAUAAAUACAGGACCCAGUAAGUCUAACCCUAUAUAUGUGUGAUGUGUGUCCCAAAAUGUAGGUGCCAGCAAUAACUGCCAUUAGCACUAUUUAUUAGCACACAUAUUGCUAAUAAAAAAAGAAGAAUUUGUUUGAUGAUUUAUAUAAAAGCCUAUAUAUAUAUACACGUAUAUACGUAGAAUUGGGACUGUGCAUUACUCUCUAGAAUUCCUCAGAACCACUGUGUCACACAACAUAUUCACACAAAAUAUGUCACACAAAAUAUUCAGUGAGAAUGGUUUUCAUAGACAAAAGCUGCAAGACACCUCCAUCUUAUAACAAACAUCUUUGUCUUUUGCUGCACAGACGUCAAGAAAUUGAUCAUGCAUAAAAAUUGAUUACACGUUUUUAAAAACUCAGAUGAAAAAUGUUUUUCUCCUGCAGAGAAAACACAAAUAUAUAUUUGGUUAUGGCAAGAAAUGUGAACAGAAGCUCAGUACAAACUGAUAGACUGUUAAAAUUGCAGAAAAUCAUUCCAUGGUCAUAUUUAUUUAUUCUCUUCAAUAUUUCUGUACAAAGGCUUGAACAGCUGCUAGACAAUAGGUCUAAGUCGAGUAUGUCUCAUUUGUCCUGGUUUAAAUGCAUAGCCUAUAAAUCUCUCUGUAAAACCAUAAAUGUGAUAUUUAUGGUUCCCACAUAGGCCUACAGAUGCGAAAUGACUUCCACACCAAAACCCAAUUAGAAUUAAGGUCAGAGCAGAAACGAGCGCAGAAACUCAACCCUGUAACCUGGAGACGAGGAGAAACCGACCACAGUGUAACUCAACUCCGAGCCGACAUUUUACUGUCUCACUGUAUCUCUAAACAAUCAUCUAGAGAAAACAUGUAGCCUGUUAUUUAUUGAUUACUUUAUUUUUUUUUACUAUAGGUAAGUUGUUGCAUGCUUUGCUUACGUUCAUGCGCAGGACUCCAGGAUACCGUUCAUGUGAUGUGUGUGUGAUUCCUCGCAUGAUGCCAAGCAGGCAAAAGAAAGUGUUGUUCUCUAUAGCUGGUGUGCUUAGUUUCGCCUGUGUGCUGAUUGUAGCUGCGGCUAUGGGUGGAAGGAACUGGGUAAAGGGGACUGUGCUUUGCAAAACAGGCGCUCAGCUGGUUAAUGCCACUGGAUCUGAGCUGGACAAAUUCAUCGGGAGCUUAAACUACGGCCUCUUUCAUGGCCAGUGGCUGAAACAGUGCGGACUGGGGGGAAGACCUUUCUCCUUCUCGUUUUUUCCUGACCUGGUGGAUGUGAUCCCAGCUAGUCUGCAUGUGAGCGUCAUCAUCUUCUGUGCAGUGCUCAUCCUCUUCUCAUCUGUGUGUACUGCCUUCUUCAUGUACAAUGCCUUUGGAAAUCCAUAUGAGACACUGCAUGGACCUCUUGGCCUUUACUUGUGGAACCUGAUCAGCUGUCUCUGCAGCUGUCUCAUCUUAAUCCUCUAUGCAUCUGAGGUCAAACUGCAUCACCUAUCUGAGAAGAUUGCUAACUACAAAGAGAGCACUUUUGCCUACAAGACAUACAGUGAAGCAUUCGACCAUUCUUUCUGGCUCAUAUUCAUAGUUUUCCUAGUGCAUGGCCUUAACAUCCUUCUGAUCCGCCUAGCAGGUAUCCAGUUUCCCUUCCAGGAGGCCAAAGAGUCAGAUGCCAACACUGGUGCAGCAGAUCUCAUGUACUGACCAGCUCUGUUGUCCAAUAACCACCCCCUGGAUGUGACAUCCUACCACGGCUAUUAGUGCUCCUCAAUUAACGUCUCACAUCUUGCACCAUCCGUUGUUCUGAUUUGUUUACAGCUGAAUAGAUGCCACAUCUGAGCCUUUUAGUUGCUUCUUUUCACUUUCAGAAGAGGAACAGACUUGGAAAUGGUCCUGGCUGAGUGUGUGAGAGAUGAGCCUUAUCUCAUUGUGGGAAGGCAAGUAGAGGGACCCAGUCUUUCAGCUGGGCUCUUGAUUACGCAUUCAGUUAACUGCCUUCUCAAUUAAGCCAAGCUCAAUUUUAAAUACCUGUUGAAAUGCAAAAAAUGGGUUUUGUCAGCAUGGAAACUAUUUAUUUUUCCAUAGUACAUUCAUAUUUUAAAUAAGUAAGAUUACACUAAACAAUGGAUAAUUUAUUAGUAAUGUUUUUUUAUUUGUAUAUAAUGAGUGUAUAUACCAAUUCAUAGAUGUGCCAAUGAUCAUAUGAAUAGAAUUCAAUAUAAGAAAGGUUUUCUGUAACCUUGUUACAGCAGUUUCAUAAUGAAAGAAAUGAAAGACAUUUUAUUUUAGAAAUUUUAUUCAUAUGGAUACUGGUUAUCAUAAAGAAAGCAAAGGGAGUUGUUAGUGUUCAUGGUCAAAGUGAACGUUAAAAAUGGAAUUAAGCUACUUCAGUGUCACAUUGGAAUUCCAAACUGUAUAGUUUACUAGCAAUGAUUCAAGCUAUGACAAAUAGCAAUGACAAAA